GUGGCAGCCGAGGAAGGCUGGAGGGGAGCAGGCAGCUCCUCCUCCUCCCUCUCCCUCCGCUGAGUAGCGAGGGCGAAAAUGGCGCCUCCGCUGGCCAGAGGGCUGAGAGUCAGCCUGGGCGGAGGGAGGGGCCGCGAGAAGUAGGCCGGGCUCUGGCACCGGUGGCAGCAGGCAGGGCCGGGAUAUGCGGCAGCGGCUUCCCCGGCUUCUUCCACUCCUCAGCUGGACUGUGCCCUCCUCCUGCGUCGUCCUCCUCCGGCCUCUUCUAGUUUCGCUGCGACAGCAAAGGCGGCUGCUCUUCCUUCCCGGGCUUCAACAAGAGAUGCAUAAUAAAAUGAAUGAUCCUGCUAUUAAGAGAAUAGCAAAUGAUAUCAUCAAAUCACCUGAGGAUAAGCGAGAGUAUCGUGGCCUAGAACUGGCAAAUGGCAUCAAGGCAAUGGUUAUCAGUGAUCCCACCACAGACAAGUCAUCUGCUGCGCUUGAUGUACACAUAGGGUCAUUAUCUGAUCCCCCUAACAUUGCUGGAUUAAGUCAUUUUUGUGAACAUAUGCUGUUCCUGGGAACUAAGAAGUACCCAAAAGAAAAUGAGUACAGCCAGUUUCUCAGUGAACAUGCAGGGAGUUCAAAUGCUUUUACUAGUGGAGAGCACACCAACUAUUAUUUUGAUGUGUCACAUGAACAUUUGGAAGGUGCCCUGGACAGAUUUGCCCAGUUUUUCUUGUGCCCUUUGUUUGAUGAAAGCUGCAAAGAUAGAGAAGUGAAUGCUGUUGAUUCUGAGCAUGAAAAGAAUUUAAUGAAUGAUGCCUGGAGACUGUUUCAACUGGAGAAGGCUACUGGAAAUCCCAAUCACCCCUUCAGUAAAUUUGGAACAGGAAACAAAUUCACUUUGGAAACUAGACCAAACCAAGAAGGAAUAGAUGUAAGGCAGGAGCUAUUGAAGUUUCACUCAACGUAUUAUUCAUCCAAUUUAAUGGCUGUAUGUGUUCUUGGACGAGAAUCUCUAGAUGAGCUAACUAGUUUAGUAAUGAAGCUGUUUUCUGAAGUAGAGAAUAAAAAUGUUCCAUUACCAGAAUUCCCUGAACAUCCUUUCCAGGAGGAACAUCUCCGGCAACUUUACAAAGUGGUACCCAUUAAAGACAUUAGAAAUCUUUAUGUCACAUUUCCAAUACCAGACCUUCAGAAGUACUAUAAAUCAAACCCUGGUCAUUAUCUUGGUCAUCUUAUUGGACAUGAAGGUCCAGGGAGCCUCUUAUCUGAACUUAAAGCUAAAGGCUGGGUAAAUACACUGGUUGGAGGACAAAAGGAAGGUGCUAGAGGCUUCAUGUUUUUCAUCAUUAAUGUUGAUCUUACUGAAGAAGGACUUUUACAUGUGGAAGAUAUUAUUUUUCAUAUGUUCCAAUAUAUCCAAAAACUACGCACAGAAGGGCCUCAAGAGUGGGUUUUUCAAGAAUGCAAGGAUCUAAAUGCUGUAGCCUUUAGGUUUAAAGAUAAGGAAAGGCCCCGAGGUUACACAUCAAAGCUUGCAGGAAUGCUGCAUUAUUAUCCUAUAGAAGAAGUUCUUGCUGCUGAAUAUUUACUUGAAGAAUUUAGGCCUGAUUUAAUAGAAAUGGUAUUGGAUAAACUGAGACCUGAACAUGUCCGGGUUGCAAUAGUUUCUAAGACUUUUGAAGGGAAAACUGAUAGAACAGAACAAUGGUAUGGAACCCAAUACAAGCAAGAAGCAAUUUCUGAUGAAAUCGUUAAGAAAUGGCAAAAUGCUGAUCUUAAUGGGAAAUUCAAGCUCCCAAUGAAGAAUGAAUUUAUUCCUACUAAUUUUGAGAUUGUACCAUUAGAGAAGGAGGCUCCACAGUACCCUACUCUUAUUAAGGACACUGCAAUGAGCAAGCUGUGGUUCAAGCAGGAUGACAAAUUUUUCCUACCGAAAGCUUGUCUCAACUUUGAAUUUUUCAGCCCAUUUGCUUACGUGGAUCCCUUGCAUUGUAACAUGGCCUAUUUGUACCUUGAACUACUCAAAGACUCCCUCAACGAGUAUGCAUAUGCAGCAGAACUAGCUGACUUGAACUAUGAUCUCCAAAAUACCAUCUAUGGGAUGUAUCUGUCUGUAAAAGGUUAUAAUGACAAGCAGCAUAUUCUGUUGAAGAAGAUUAUUGAGAAAAUGGCUACUUUUGAGAUUGAUGAAAAAAGAUUUGAAAUUAUCAAGGAAGCGUAUAUGAGAUUGCUUAACAACUUCCGAGCUGAACAGCCACAUCAGCAUGCCAUGUAUUACCUCCGAUUAUUAAUGACAGAAGUUGCCUGGACCAAAGAUGAAUUAAAAGAAGCAUUAGAUGAUGUCACCCUUCCCCGUCUCAAGGCCUUUAUAUCUCAGCUGUUGUCACGGUUACACAUUGAAGCACUUCUCCAUGGCAAUAUAACAAAACAGGCUGCAUUAGGAAUUAUGCAGAUGGUUGAAGACACUCUCAUUGAGCACGCUCAUACAAAACCUCUUCUUCCCAGCCAGCUAGUGAGAUACAGAGAAGUACAGCUGCCUGACAGAGGAUGGUUCGUCUAUCAACAGAGGAAUGAAGUUCAUAACAACUGUGGCAUAGAAAUAUAUUAUCAAACAGAUAUGCAAAGCACCUCAGAGAACAUGUUUUUGGAGCUCUUCUGUCAAAUUAUCUCAGAACCAUGCUUUAAUACUCUGCGCACUAAGGAACAGCUAGGUUACAUUGUGUUCAGUGGUCCACGGCGGGCUAAUGGUAUCCAAGGUCUGCGAUUUAUCAUCCAGUCAGAAAAGCCUCCACACUAUUUGGAGAGCAGGGUUGAAGCUUUUUUAAAAACUAUGGAGAAGUGUAUAGAGGACAUGUCAGAUGAAGCUUUCCAGAAGCACAUCCAGGCGUUAGCAAUCCGUCGCCUUGACAAACCAAAGAAGUUGUCUGCUGAGUGUGCAAAAUACUGGGGAGAAAUUAUUUCCCAGCAAUAUAACUUUGACAGAGAUAACAUUGAAGUGGCAUAUCUCAAAACCCUAACUAAGGACGAUAUAAUGCACUUUUACAAGGAAAUGUUGGCAGUAGAUGCCCAAAGAAGACAUAAAGUAUCAGUACAUGUACUAGCAAGAGAAAUGGAUUCUUGUCCUGUUGUUGGAGAAUUUCCAUCCCAAAAUGAUGUAAAUCUGGCACCAGCACCACCGCUGCCACAGCCAGAUGUGAUUCAAAACAUGACAGAGUUCAAGCGCAGUCUGCCACUCUUUCCUCUGGUGAAGCCACAUAUCAAUUUCAUGGCUGCAAAACUUUGAAGACUCUCAGUGGAUGAAGAACUAGAAGUGGAUCAGUCUUGGGUGACUUCAGUGGGUUUUCAUAAUGAAUAAACAUCUUAAACUGUUACUUAGGACAAAGUCCUGUCCAUUAUAAGGGUCCCUGGUUCCUUCUAAGUUCAUUCAACAUUAAUAGUGUGAUAGGGAUACAGCAAAUUAGGCAAAUAGGCUGUAGUCAUGCAUCAUGUUUCUUGUAGAGCCACUCUUGGAAACCAAAAACAAGUGGUACAUUCAAAGGCCCAUAUAGGUAAGGUAUAUUUUACAGUUGUCUGGCCCUUUAAAAGGUAUUGUUUACAUAAUGGAGUAUGAAGAAGCUUUCUAAACAGACUGGUAUUACUUUAAUGCUCUUGUUUUUCUUUGAAAAGGUCAUUAAGAUAAAGCUUUUUGGAAAUCUGUUUCCUUGGAUGUGGCAGAACAAAAACAUUAUUAAAAGGCACAUGUUGAUAUUUUAAAGGAAAAGUGUUGAAUGAUACCUUUUUAACAAAAUUGAUCCUCAAGGCAACCAACCACUUAGGUUCUGUGUAGAUCAGUAGAAAUAAGACAGUUUGACAACAAAUGUCUGACAGAAGAAUUGCUAAGUAUAUUGACAUAGUUUUAAACUUUAUAUGCAUUUGAGGACAUUUAUAUUCAGACUAGUAAAAUGCUGGAAACACUUGGAUAGCCAUCUUUUUCUUAUCAAGAAUGUUGGCUUGACUAAUAACCCUUUCAUUUUCUCAGGGUUACUCUGAAAAUGUUUCCUUUUCUUUGCAUAAAUAAAAUGGUUUUAUUUGA